GCGGUGGUGGUGGUCGUGGUGAAGGAGGAGGAGAAGAUGGAGCAACAGCGUUAAAGUCGCAGGGAGCAGCGAACGACAUUGUGAGUGAGUCAUGGGAAGUAGUACGAAGCCGAAAGCGGCCGAGGAGGAUGACGUGGUAUUGGUGAUGAGCGAGCUGCCGUCAGUAGACGGCCGAGGUCGAUCGGCUUCUAUGGCCUCGAUCCUUAAUGACAAGGAUGGCCGGAACGUGGGUGGCGAGGGGGAGGAGGAGGAGCGCAUGGAACUCUCGUCACCGGCGAACGGAGCUUCCAGUCACGGGCACACGGAGGAUCGGCCCGCUGGGCCAUACGGGGCCGAGGUUGGUGAGAUCAAUGAGGAGGCGCCCAGCCGCACGAGUCACGAUUACGCCCCGGAGAACCUGGGGACCAACGAUGAACUGUCACCGGGCAGCGCGUCGGUGUACACCGACGAGAAGCACUGGAUGAGCUCGAUCGCGCCCAGACAUCGGGUGGACGAAUUUCCGACUUACCCGGGCUUCUCCGCCAGUGUCACCCCCACACCGGACAUGAACGUCUACCAGCAGAAAAAAACGAUCGCCCAGGGUAUGAUGGAUCUAGCUCUCAUCUCCGCCAACGCCAAUCAGUUUCGCUAUGUGCUGCAGAGCAGCGGCCGGCAUCCCUACUAUUACCCGUCGCUGGUCAUGAUCGGACUGAGCCUCCUGCUGCAGGUUAUCGUGGGUAUCGGCCUCAUCUGGAACAGCCGCUACAACGUCAAGCACGACGAUCAGAUGUGCAAAGCCAACCGGGCCAAUAAUUGGACGGUUAUUGCCGUAUUUCUCGUCACCAUUCUCAACGUCUUCAUAUCGUCCUUCGGCGUUAUCGAGACCUCCGAGACUCUCUUCUCCGACGGCACAGCGACACGAGCCUCUUGAUUCUGGCCACUCUUAUCUUUUCUUUCUUUCGAAAUAGCAGCGCGCGUUGUAAUAGUGAUCGAGGAGGGAUUGCGAAUACUCAUUGAUAAGAAAAGACUGACGAGGACUGUCGGAUUAUCGUCAAAUGUG